AUGGGGAAGAGCGGUGCGCGCACACGAGGUGGUCGCCCUCAUGGCCGAGGACGAGGCGGCAGCUCCGGUGGUGCAUGCUCGACUAGUGGGUUCCACAGCAACGAACCUCCAGCGCAUCCCUGCAGUGUGCCACUCGCCAUGUGGGACUUUGAGCAGUGUGACCCCAACGCUUGCUCAGGCAAGAAACUGUAUCGCGUGAAUGCCCUGCGCCUCCUGCGCCUUAGCGAGCCAUUUCACGGCGUGGUGCUGACGCCGAGUGCGACGGAUAUCGUCAGUCCCGCCGAUCGCGGCAUUGUACUGCGGAGCGGUGUCGCCGUUGUGGACUGCUCGUGGAAAGAGCUAGAUGCGGUGCCGUGGCGAAAAAUGCGCAUGUCCGCGCCACGACUCUUGCCACUGCUGCUGGCAGCUAACCCCGUGAAUUAUGGCCGUCCAUCAAAGCUGAACUGCGCGGAAGCACUAGCGGCGACGCUGGUGAUUGUUGGCCUGAUGGACGACGCCCGAAACAUAAUGGCGUACUUUUCCUGGGGAGAGAGCUUCUUUGAUGUUAACCGCGAGUUGCUGGCCGGCUACCAGCAGUGCGCCAACUCGGCAGAGAUCUCUGCGUUUCAGAACAAGUACGUGGAAACGGAGCUGCUGGAGAGCGAGGCGCGGCGAGGCCUGGACUUGGAUGCGAUAGACCUGUCGCAUGCUGGCCCGCUGAAUGAGCGCCGAGGACGUCUGAAGAGCCGCCACGAAUGGCAGCAAUCUUUGCGCACUGAAGUUGAUGAGGACAGCGAGGCAGGGAGGAAGGAAGGCUCCAACAGCCAUGCUGACACAAGCGACAGUGAAGAGGAGGGAAGCAGGAGUGGAUCCAACAGUCCCGCCGCAGAUCGAACAGAGUAG